AUGGAGCUAAUUGUUACAACCCCGUCUCAUCUUAACCCUUUGUUUCCUGCUGCUGAACAGAAAGACACAGAUGAUGAGGUCAAAGAUCACAUCCGCCAAAACCUGCACCUCAGAGAGAAGUCAGAGGACCCUGCAGUCAGGUGGCAGCUGAACCUGUACAAGGACAUAGCAACGAGGACCGAAGGCCCUCCAGACCCGGAGCGAGUGGUGGACCGCAUCCAGCGGAUCUCGGCUGCGGUUUUCAACCUGGAGCAGGUGGAGCAGCCGCUCAGGUCCAAAAAGUGUGUUUGGCAGAAACUGUUGUCCAAACAGAGGAAGAGAGCCGUGGUGGCCUGUUUCCGCAUGGCUCCACUUUAUAAUCUACCAAGGCACCGCUCUAUUAACCUCUUCCUCCUGGCCUAUCAGAGAAUAUGGAUAGAAACAGAGGAGUACUCAUUUGAGGAGAAGCUAGUGCAGGACCUUGCAAAAACGCAGCCCAAAGUGGAGGAGGAGGAAGAAGAAGAAGUCAGGGAACAGCCAGACCCACUGCACCAGCUCAUCCUGCACUUCAGCCACAACGCACUGACGGAGUGCAGUUCUGUGGAAGACGACCCUCUGUAUAUUGCGUAUGCUGAUAUGAUGGCAAAGAGCUGUGCUGAAGGUGAGGAAGAAGAGGACGAAGAAGGGAAAGAAAAAACCUUUGAGGAAAAGGAAAUGGAGAAGCAGAAGAUGCUGUAUCAGCAGGCGCGGCUUCACGACCGAGGGGCUGCAGAGAUGGUGCUACAGAUGAUCAGCGCCAGCAAAGGUCGACUCGGAGCGACUGUGACGGUCACCCUGAAACUGGGCAUCUCCAUCCUGAACGGGGGAAACACCUUAGUGCAGCAGAAAAUGCUGGACUACCUGAAGGAGAAAAGAGACGUUGGCUUCUUCAAAAGUUUAUCUGGACUCAUGAUGUCCUGCAGUGUUCUGGAUUUAAACGCUUUUGAGCGACAGAACAAAGCCGAGGGUCUGGGGAUGGUGACUGAAGAAGGAUCAAUCAACGUGAGUGAGCGGGGUUCCAAAGUGCUGCAGAACGAUGAGUUCACCAAGGACCUCUUUAGGUUCCUGCAGCUCCUCUGUGAAGGUCACAACAAUGACUUUCAGAACUUCCUGCGGACUCAGACAGGAAACACCACGACGGUCAACAUCAUAAUCAGUACCGUGGACUACCUACUAAGACUACAGGAAUCCAUCAGUGACUUUUACUGGUACUACUCCGGUAAAGACAUCAUCGACGAGGCCGGACAGAGGAACUUCUCCAGAGCUCUGUCAGUGGCCAAGCAGGUUUUCAACUCUCUGACGGAGUACAUACAGGGUCCGUGCAUCGGGAACCAGCAGAGUCUGGCUCACAGCCGGUUGUGGGACGCCGUCGUGGGCUUUCUGCAUGUGUUUGCCAACAUGCAGAUGAAGUUAUCCCAGGACUCCAGCCAGAUUGAAUUAUUGAAGGAGCUGCUGGACCUCCAGAAGGACAUGAUUGUCAUGAUGCUGUCUCUUCUGGAAGGGAAUGUCGUCAAUGGAACCAUUGGCAAGCAAAUGGUGGACACGUUGGUUGAGUCCUCCAGCAACAUGGAGAUGAUCCUGAAGUUCUUCGACAUGUUCCUCAAGUUGAAGGACCUGACCACCUCGGACAGCUUCAGGGAGUACGAUCGGGAGAGCAAAGGCAUCAUCUCCAAGAAGGACUUCCAGAAGUCCAUGGAGAACCAGAAGCAGUACUCCCAGUCGGAGAUCGAGUUUCUCCUCUCGUGCGCCGAGGCCGACGAGAACGACAUGUUCAGCUACAAGCAGUUCGUGGAGCGAUUCCACGAACCCGCCAAGGACAUCGGCUUCAACGUAGUGGUCCUGCUGAUGAAUCUUUCCGAGCACAUGCCUCCCGCAGCUCGUCUCUCCACUUUCCUGGACCUGGCCGAAAGUGUCCUCAGUUACUUUGAACCCUUUUUGGGGCGCAUCGAGAUCAUGGGCGGAGCCAAACGGAUCGAAAGAGUCUACUUUGAGAUCAGCGAGUCCAGUCGCACCCAGUGGGAAAAACCACAGGUGAAGGAGUCAAAGAGACAGUUCAUUUUUGACGUGGUCAACGAGGGUGGAGAGAGCGAAAAGAUGGAGCUGUUUGUCAACUUCUGCGAGGACACCAUCUUUGAGAUGCAGCUCGCUUCUCAGAUUUCAGAGCCCGACCCGGUGGAACACCCCGAGGAGGAGAAAGAGGACAAUCAGAGUGCUGUGGAGAACCCGGAAGAGGAGGAAGAAGAGGAGAACGUGAUGCUGGAGUCUUCCUCGGCCUUCACCAUGGCCUGCGUUUCCUUCAGGAAAAGCUUCUGCCACUUCUGGCAGAUGCUGACUCUGAAGAGCAUCAGGCGACAGUACAGGAAGUUUAAGAAGAUGAGUGUCAAAGAGAUGGUCCACGGGUUCUUCUCCUUCUUCUGGAUGAUUUUUACCGGACUCUUCUACUUUGUCUACACCCUCAUUUGGGGCUUUUUCCACAUUUUGUGGACCACCAUGUUUGGCGGCGGCCUCGUGGAAGGAGCCAAGAAUAUGAAAGUGACAGAUAUUUUGGGAAACAUGCCCGAUCCCACUCAGUUUGGCAUUCACGGAGACGUCCUAGAGGCCGAGAAGAUGGAGACGAGCGAAGCCUCGGCGUUGGCGGAGAUGGGUCAGAUAGCCCAGGGGGAGGCAGCGGAGGCGGACCUCAUGGCGGAGCUGCUGAACAUACAACCCAAAAGGGAGGGAAAGCACGGGAGUGAGCCGGGGUUGGGUGACGUGUCGGAGGUGGUGGUGGGCGACGCGCCGUCCAUUGCCAGCGCUGUCAGGCAGAAGAAGGCGCAGAUGGCUGCAAAGAAAAAUGCCGUUAACGGAGACUACAAGUCUGACUCGGAAAAAGGAGACUCAGACGAUGGAGAGAAGAAGGAUCACGACAAGGCCAAGGAUGAAGCCCCGCCCCAACACUCAGCAGGGGAGAAGAGAGCCCCCAAGAAGAAGCUGGGCCAAAGAAAAGAACCACCGGAGGCCUUCAUGGUCAGCUUCCUGGCUGGCCUGGAAGUCUACCAGACUAAGAUGCUGAACUACCUGGCCAGGAACUUCUACAACCUCAGAUUUCUGGCUCUUUUUGUUGCCUUUGCCAUCAACUUCAUUCUGCUCUUCUACAAAGUAACUGGCGAGUCCUCAGACGAUGAAGACCCUUGGAGUCGUCGCGGCAGAGUGGGGGAGGAGGACGAUGAAGGGUCGCUCGAGUACUUCGUCCUCCAGGAGAGCACGGGCUACAUGGCGCCAACGCUUCGCUGUCUUGCGAUCCUGCACACCAUCAUCUCGUUCCUGUGUGUCGUGGGAUAUUACUACCUGAAGGUUCCACUGGUGGUCUUCAAACGGGAGAAAGAAAUUGCCAGGAAGUUAGAAUUCGCCGGCCUUUACAUCACGGAGCAGCCGUCGGAUGAUGACAUCAAAGGACAGUGGGACAGGCUGGUCAUCAAUACGCCUUCCUUUCCGAACAAUUACUGGGAUAAAUUCGUCAAACGCAAAGUGAUUAAAAAGUACGGAGACCUGUAUGGAGCGGAGAGGAUAGCAGAGCUGCUGGGCCUGGAUAAGAGCGCUCUGGACUUCAACCCCACAGAGGAGGCCGUCGCCAAAGAGGCCUCGCUGGUGUCGUGGUUGAGUUCGAUCGAUACCAAGUACCACGUCUGGAAAAUGGGAGUCGUGUUUACAGACAACUCUUUUCUCUACCUGGUGUGGUACACCACCAUGUCCAUCCUGGGCCACUACAACAACUUCUUCUUCGCCGCACAUCUUCUGGACAUCGCCAUGGGCUUCAAGACCCUCCGCACCAUCCUGUCCUCCGUCACACACAAUGGCAAACAGCUGGUGUUGACGGUGGGUCUGCUGGCCGUCGUGGUCUACCUCUACACUGUGGUGGCCUUCAACUUCUUCAGGAAGUUCUACAACAAGAGUGAGGAUGACGACGAGCCAGACAUGAAGUGCGACGACAUGAUGACGUGCUACCUGUUCCACAUGUACGUUGGAGUCAGAGCAGGGGGGGGCAUCGGGGAUGAGAUCGAGGACCCGGCCGGUGACCCCUACGAGCUGUACCGCAUCCUGUUCGACAUUACCUUCUUCUUCUUCGUCAUUGUCAUCCUGCUGGCCAUCAUCCAGGGUUUGAUUAUCGACGCCUUUGGAGAGCUGAGAGACCAGCAGGAGCAGGUGAAGGAGGACAUGGAGACCAAAUGUUUCAUUUGUGGCAUCGGCAACGACUACUUCGACACCACACCUCACGGCUUCGAGACACACACCCUACAAGAGCACAAUCUGGCCAACUACCUGUUUUUCCUGAUGUACCUUAUCAACAAGGACGAGACGGAGCACACAGGACAGGAGUCAUACGUGUGGAAGAUGUACCAGGAGCGAUGCUGGGAUUUCUUCCCAGCUGGAGAUUGCUUCCGCAAACAGUACGAAGAUCAGCUGGGAUAGAACCCACGCCUCGUCCUCAUCUCUAUCUGUACUAGACUGACUGGUGGCUGCUGGGAGAUGUAGUCCUACAUGGAGUUUCUGGACUACAGUACACAGACGACAACCUUCAAAGGUGUCGGCCCGGCCUGAUGAAAGACCAGGAAUUUUUUUUCUUCUUCUCUACCUGCGUCAGCGUCGGUCCAGCGCCACCGUGUGGAGAUAAUGAGCAGUCACCUGCUCGGACGUUCGGUCGUUGUUCGGGACGGCGUGUUGCCUUGUACUCCACAUAACCCCGAGUCAUUGCACAAUAUAUUUUUUGUUGUCUUUUUUUAACAAAAAAAAAAAAAAAAAAAAAAAAAAACAACAAAACAAAACCGCGGGUUGCGUGGCGUCACAGGACACGGUUUCAUUCACAUUAUGCACAAAAAAAAAUCUACUUCAAUAUUUUGAGAAUGUUCAACAGGAGACUUAAUGCCAAAAGAGACGCAGAGGUGUGAAAAAAUAAAUAAAAUAAAUAAAAACGUGGUGUGAAACCAGGUGUUAGAGUAGAGGAAGGGCGUGGUUUGUGUAGAAGUAUAAAAUGCCUCCCCUCGUUCAUGAAGUGCCUUACUGUACUGUAUCUACAUUACAAUGAAGCUAUGCAACACUUGGUCUUUUCUUUGUUGUAUGUAAGUACAGUCGUUUCACUGCUGUCCAAACUCCUGGUUCGUGGCCCAGAGUUUCGACUGCGAACGUGAAACAACAGCAUUGGUAUGAAUUUACGAUUGUUUAUUUCUUUCAUUUGAAUUUGUUUUUUUUUUUUCGUUACGGUUCGUGAAUGCAGCAUUGGAACUGCAAAUGUUCAAUGACAAUGUAUGGCGUGUAAACUUAAAAAAAUAUAAAAUAUAUAUAUAUAAAAAUAAAAUAAAAUAAAAUAAAAUUGAAAAAAAAAAAACAGACACUGAUAAUGACGGAACUCCUCCAAACGUUAAACUGCUAUUGUAUGGCCCUUUGUAUGUAGUGGCUUUGCUGAUCUGGGCAUUUCUUUUGAUGGAGAAAAAAAAAACAAAUAAAUGAAAUUAUUGCAAGAAAA